AAAAUAGGGUUAGAUUAAAGUUUGGAGUUUUCCAGCGCGCGAGGUGGGAGAGUUCCGAAAAAAUCGAAAACCGUUCAAAAAAAGCUCCAAAAUCUAGAGAUAGAAUGGACGACGACGGCCACUUCCUCCCUCACCUCACCAAUGACGCCGCCGCCGACGCCAACUGGAAGCUCUACGAGGCCUACAACGAGCUCCACGGCCUGGCGCAGGAGUUCUCCACGCCGUUCGACGCGCCGGCGGUGCUCGUGGUGGGCCACCAGACCGAGGGCAAGAGCGCCCUCGUCGAGGCCCUCAUGGGCUUCCAGUUCAACCACGUCGGCGGAGGCACCAAGACGCGCCGCCCCAUCACCCUCCACAUGAAGUUCAACCCCGACUGCCACGCCCCUCUCUGCCGCCUCCUCUCCGACUCCGACCCCUCCGUCCCCCAGGAUAAAUCCCUUCCCGAAAUUCAGGCUUAUAUUGAAGCUGAAAACAUGAGGCUGGAGAAAGAAUCUUAUCAAUUUUCGUCGAAAGAGAUAAUAAUUAGAAUAGAGUACAAGAACUGUCCAAACCUUACCAUAAUAGACACUCCUGGACUCAUCGCCCCAGCUCCAGCCCGGAAAAAUCGUGCUUUGCAGUCUCAAGCGCGAGCCGUGGAGUCUCUGGUGCGGGCUAAAAUGCAACAUAAGGAAUUCAUCAUAUUAUGUCUUGAAGAUUGCAGCGAUUGGAGCAAUGCCACUACCCGCAGGGUUGUGAUGCAAAUUGAUCCUGAACUCUCAAGGACAGUAGUUGUCUCGACGAAGCUUGAUACAAAGAUCCCUCAGUUUGCACGUGCUUCAGAUGUGGAGGUUUUUCUUUCACCACCUGCAAGCGCACUCGAUGGGUUCAUGUUAGGCGAUUCACCCUUUUUCACUUCUGUUCCUUCCGGAAGAGUUGGAACUGGGCACGAGUCAGUUUAUAGAUCUAACGAUGAGUUCAAACAGGCUAUAUCUUUGAGGGAGAUGGAUGAUAGAGCAGCUUUGGAGGAAAAAUUGGGUAGAUCACUUUCGAAACAGGAAAGGAGUAGAAUAGGUGUUAGCAGUCUUAAGUUAUUCUUGGAAGAGUUGCUACAGAAAAGGUAUAUGGACAGUGUACCUCUUAUCAUUCCGCUUCUUGAGAAAGAGUACCGAAGUACAACAAGGAAGCUAAAUGAAAUUAAUCAGGAACUCAGCACUUUGGAUGAAGUAAAGCUGAAGGAGAAAGGAAGAACCUUUCAUGAUAUGUUCUUGACCAAGUUAUCACUUUUACUGAAGGGGACGGUUGUCGCACCACCAGAUAAAUUUGGAGAAACACUGCAGGACGAGAGGGUUAAUGGAGGUGCAUUUAUUGGCACUGAUGGUCUUCAAUUUCCUCACAAGUUAAUACCUAACGCAGGGAUGCGUCUUUAUGGAGGUGCUCAAUAUCAUCGUGCAAUGGCUGAGUUCCGUUUUGUUGUUGGCGGGAUCAAAUGCCCUCCAAUCACACGUGAAGAGAUUGUCAAUGCCUGUGGAGUUGAGGACAUUCAUGAUGGAACAAACUAUUCGAGGACAGCUUGCGUAAUUGCUGUUGCAAAGGCUCGUGAUACUUUUGAGCCUUUUCUCCAUCAGUUAGGUGGCCGGCUGCUGCACAUUCUCAAGAGGCUGGUUCCCAUCUCUGUUUUCCUUCUCCAGAAAGAUGGUGAAUAUCUCAGCGGCCAUGAAGUUUUUCUAAAGCGUGUUGCAUCUGCCUUCGACAACUUUGCUGAAUCAACUGAACGGUCAUGCCGUGAAAAGUGUAUGGAGGAUUUGGUGAGCACUACUCGCUAUGUUUCAUGGUCACUUCACAACAAGAAUAGGGCUGGAUUACGACAGUUCUUGGAUUCAUUUGGUGGGUCAGAACAGUCCAAUGCUGCUGUCAAUUCUUCCAGUCUUUCUACAGAGUUAUCGUCGGGAUUUGCAAGCAAUGAUAGGCAAGACGUUAAGUCCAAAGCAGACGUGAAGCUCAAUAGUUUGGCUCCAGGAAAUGAUUCGACAGCUAGUACUCCAACAACAGAGACAAGGCUAGCUGACCUUUUAGAUAGUACACUAUGGAACAGAAGGCUCGCCCCUUCAUCCGAAAGGAUUGUAUACGCUUUAGUUCAACAGAUAUUUCACGGAAUCCGGGAAUACUUCCUGGCCUCUACUGAGCUCAAGUUCAAUUGCUUUUUGCUUAUGCCCGUUGUUGACAAGUUGCCUGCACUUCUCCGGGCAGACUUAGAGGCCACUUUUGAAGACGUUGAUAAUGUCUUUGACAUUAGUACUGUGCGGCAUUCUUUAGGACACCGUAAGAGAGAAAUGGAGAUUGAGCUGAAACGGAUGCAAAGGCUUAAAGAUAAAUUCAGAGAAAUUCACGAACAGCUGAGUUCAAGUCAAACCAUGUCGAGGGCCUAGUGAUUAUCUACGCCUGUUUACGGAAAGAUACUUUUCCAGUAUCGACGAGACUCCAAAUGGGUGGCUUGUAACAGAAGAGAUACAUGCCAAUGGAGGUGUCACAGUAGCUAUGAAAAUUGAAUGUUGAAAGGUAAGUCCAUUUGUUGUAUUUCAUAUAUUACUGUUUUUGUGUGUAUGAUAUGUUAAACAUGAGACUAAAUUUGCAAAUGAAUGAUGCCAAAUUUGUACAAAUUUACACUAAUCAAAUCUGGCCCAUUUCCAUUCA